AUGGGAAAUGGCAGGCCUAGAACGCAAGAGCCAGCAUCACCCCCGACUCUCCCCGGUUCCAAUCAACAGUUCGAAAUCUACAGUUCAAAAUCUAAGCAGCAAUAUACAUGCGCAAUAUAUUCUCAUCUACAGCAGCUUUCCAAAGGAACAACAGAUAUAGGGUCUUAG